AUGUGUCCCGUUCUACCCGAUGGCAGCGACGCGGGCAGAAAAGCCACACGCGAGGUCAUUGCCAUCUCUGCCACGCAGGCACAUGCGGCAUCUGCGAGGCAUCAGCUGGGUCAGCGUGCCGCCGGGCAGCAUCCGCCCGGGCAGCCUGACUUUCUGCCAGGUCCUGCAGAAGCCUUCUCGCUUCCUCUGGCGGCCGACAAGUUCUAUCACGGCACUUCUGCGUCGACUCAGGGGUGUGCGCAUACCGCGCGCACUCUUCGGCGGUCCAAGAUGCGGCACGCCAUUUCGUUGGCUCGACGGUUGCAGGCAAUUGCUUAUUCGACAUGGCGAGCAGAAGAUGCGGCCUUCGGCCAUCGAACUUGCGAGAGUGCUUUCUAUGGCAAAUGGAAGUGCAGAUUGCUCGUGUGGUGGGCGGCGCAGAUUGGCUUGGCUUUGCAGCAUUGCCAUCUCCACGGGGUGCUUCAUCGGGAUGUGAAGCCUGAGAACUGCUUCUUCAGAUCGACAGGAGGAGAUUUACUGCUUGGAGAUUUUGGCAUUUCCUGCGCAUUAGAUGAGCAAAAAUUUGCGAAGACUUGCUGCGGCUCGCCUCUCAAUCUAAGUCCAGAGAUUGUGAACCAAGAGCCGUAUUCGUAUGCCUCGGAUGUGUGGAGUUUUGGCGUGACCAUCUAUGAAGCCGCCAUGCUGGCACCACCUUUUCGCGGAAGCAAUAUCUGCCAGGUCGCCUUUCGCAUUGUCAGCUGUACCCCAGAGCCUCUUCCAUCUGCAAGUCUGCAGGGGCUGGUUGAAGGCCUGCUGGUUAAGGACCCAACCCAGCGGAGUACCCUGCGCAGCGCUUUGACGUCGCCGCCACUUGUAGGCGCCGUGCAGUUGCUCACGGGGCCCCUGCCAGCACAGAUGGAGCACGCGAGCGGCUUUGUGCACCGGCUGCGCCACACAACGCGCAGCGAGGAGGAGUACCCGGAUGACUUUGAGGAUGGAAGCGUGGAAAGCGAUGGCGAAAAUUUAGAGAUCAGCGAUGGCUCCUAUGAAUUGGAUUUUGAAGACCCAUCAGAGGAUGAAGUCCGGCCACCUGAGCUUUCCGAGGAGCAAUUACGAAAGCAGAUUUGCGCAGAACUUGGUGUUGAGGCCAUGGCUUUGGCGGACAGCUUGGGCGUUGUGAGUUUCCUAGAAUCCAUGAUGAAGCGCUGAAAA